AUGAAACACCACCACAAGCUCACGGUGGCGUUAUGUCUCAUCUGGGCUGCGACGAUCCUCUACGGCGAAAUGUUCGCCUUCUGGCUUCCUUCUCUCUUCACUUGCUCUUGGCCUCACCACCAUCUUCCCAAGACUAAUGGAGUGGAGAGUGGUGAGAAGUUUACUAAAGUAGCCAUUGUUACUGAUCCACAGCUGAUGGAUAAAACAUCGUUUCGUUUGUCGUCAAAGACGCUAGCUUUGGAAGUAGCACAGUUUUACACUGAUAUCAACAUGCGAAGAUCCUUCUUUCAGUCCAUCUUGCCUUUCAAACCGGACGCUGUUUUGUUCUUAGGUGAUUACUUCGACGGCGGUCCAUUUCUCCCCGAGGAAGAAUGGCAGGAAUCUCUAAGCCGGUUUGAGCAUGUGUUUAGUUUGAAUUCACAAGGCAGAGGUAUGGACAUUCCUACUUUCUACCUCACUGGGAACCAUGAUAUUGGCUAUUCUCGCGUUGCCUCCCACAAGCAAGACGUGAUUGAUCGAUAUGAAAAGGUGUUUGGGAUGAGAAACCGCAGGUUUAUGAUUGGAGGUGUUGAGUUCAUCAGCAUUGAUGCUCAAGCUAUUGAUGGCAAUUCUCAAAAACAUUUGGCAACAGAAGUUUGGAAGUUUGUACAAAAUGUCUCCACCGAUGUAACAUCACAUCCGAGAGUUUUAUUGACUCACAUCCCAUUGUAUCGGCCUGAUCAAACCCCAUGCGGCCCUCACCGUCGUAAUCCUGUCAUUGACCAGCGGUUCUGGCGACAUUUUCAAGAUCAAGAAGUAAUUUACCAGAAUUAUAUCACUGAAGAUUCAUCAAAGAAGUUACUGGAGUUGAUCAACCCAGUACUUGUUUUGUCUGGCCAUGAUCAUGACCAGUGUACUGUAACUCACAAGUCGAAAACAGGAUCCGUAACUGAGCAUACUUUAGGUACUAUAAGCUGGCAACAAGGAAAUAUAUAUCCAUCGUUCAUGCUAUUAUCUGUUCCCAACGCCGUCCAUGAAAACUCAUCUGAUGCUAAAAUGUUACACACACAGUUAUGCUUCCUUCCAUGCCAAUUAUUCAUCUACAUGUGGUACCUUUCUCUGUUCGUUUUGAGCCUUCUAGCUCUCCUUCUCUGGCCAAACCAUGGAAUAAGCUUCGUAAACAACGCUGCAGACUGUAUCUCAAAUGUGAUGAAGCUUAGCUUUUUAAGCGGCGUCACCAAGGAGAAGAACGAAGAUGAGAACUGUGAGUAUGAAAUGAUAUGGGACGCAGAAGGAUCUAUGCAUCUCGUUAAGAAAGUUCUUGAAGCUCCUGUGAAACGUCAAAACGAUAAAGCACUUGUAGAAAGAGGUAACGCGGUGAUGAGAGCAGUGGCUAGAAAGAACGCAAGCGAACAGGUCGAGCUUGUGAUGGACAAUACAGGUGCUGGUGGAUCUGAUUCUCUGAUGAGAGCAGCACCGAGAUCAAGAACGAAACUUGUGAUCCAGAGAGUGGUACGUACAAUCAUGAUGAUCAUAGUCAUUGCGGCGUUUAACGUUCCAAUUUACAUGAUGUUGCUGUUCAAGGAUUGGAUCGAGAAGUAG